CGCCAACUUCAGAUUGUUCCGCGAACGUCAACGAUGUAGUAUCAAACGUUUAUCGCGGAUUGUUGAUUAGAUAUCGCCAGUAGUUGUGUGGUAAACGUAAAAACGGGAACAUGUGUUCGCUCGCCGUUCAAGUACGGUAGUGUAUUAUCAAGUUCGACACUGUACGGAGUGUAAAAAACGAUCAAAAUGGCAGGCAGGAACAGGCCUGCCCAACACAAGAACUUUUCGAAUAUCUUUUCGAAAUUUCAGGGUGCUUUUACGGAUGCUUGUAAGCACCCGCGAUAUGCCACCGAUAAACGGACUUUAGACAAGACAUGGAAAUUAAUGGACAAAGUCGUUAAAUUGUGUCAACACCAAAAAAUGAACCUAAAGAACUCGCCCCCUUUCAUCCUGGACAUCCUUCCCGAUACCUAUCAACGUUUAAAAUUAAUCUAUUCCAAGUACGAGGACAACAUGGUAUCCUUAAAUAGUAACGAACACUUUAAUAUAUUUAUAAAUAAUUUAAUGAGAAAGUGUAAGCAAGCGAUCAAACUCUUUAAAGAAGGGAAAGAUCGAAUGUUCGAUGAGAACUCACAUUAUAGACGAAACCUAACAAAACUUAGUUUAGUAUUUAGUCAUAUGUUAAGUGAACUUAAGGCUUUGUUUCCUAAUGGAAUGUUUGCUGGUGAUCAAUUUAGAAUUACCAAAUCUGAUGCUGCUGAUUUUUGGAAAAAUAAUUUUGGCAAUAGCACUUUAGUUCAUUGGAAGCAUUUCCGAGCGGAGUUAAACCGGGUCCAUCCCAUCAGUUCGGGGCUGGAAGCUAUGGCUUUGAAAUCUACAAUAGACUUGACCUGUAACGAUUACAUAUCCAAUUUCGAAUUUGAUGUCUUUACAAGACUGUUUCAACCGUGGACGACCCUGCUGCGCAACUGGCAGAUCCUAGCUGUGACACAUCCGGGAUACGUCGCCUUCUUAACCUACGACGAGGUGAAGGCGCGCCUUCAAAAAUACAUCACCAAGGCCGGCAGCUAUGUCUUUAGAUUGUCUUGUACACGACUUGGUCAAUGGGCCAUCGGGUAUGUUACACCCGAUGGGGAAAUCUUACAAACGAUUCCGCAAAAUAAAAGUUUAAUUCAAGCACUUUUAGAUGGUUAUAGAGAAGGGUUUUAUUUAUAUCCCGAUGGAAGAGUGGUUAAUCCUGAUUUAUCAUGGGCUGUGCAACAAACACCAGAAGAUCACAUCGCGGUUACUCAAGAACAAUACGAGCUCUAUUGCGAAAUGGGUAGUACGUUUCAAUUAUGUAAAAUUUGUGCUGAAAAUGAUAAGGAUGUUCGGAUAGAACCAUGUGGACAUCUUUUAUGUACACCGUGUUUAACAGCUUGGCAAUAUGAUUCGGAAGGACAAGGUUGUCCAUUUUGUAGAGCUGAAAUAAAAGGUACUGAACAAAUAGUUGUGGACCCAUUUGAUCCGAAAAAGUCUCACAAACCGAAAAGUUCUAAUUCAGGAACGGCUACUAUCGAUGAAGACGACUUUGAGUUAGAGGACGGUGGCGAUCCUUGGAGUUGUUCCGGAAGUAGUUUGCAAGCCUUGGCUUUAUCGCCCAGAAACGAAAUGUCUAAUUCAGCAAGUCCAAUGAUAUCACCAAGGAAUAGUCCCAGAUCGGUUAGAAGAAGUGCAACACCAACAGUCCCAUCAUCUGGAAUAACACCUCCACCAAUCCCACCAAGAAGAAAUUCCCCAACAUUAGAACAAGUAGUAAUCCCAACGACUUCUCAUCAAAAAAACGGAUCAACAACUCACGGUUUUAAACAUUUAAAUGGUCUUAACGAAGCGCAAUCAGUAACAAAUUUGUCUCAAAACACAAUUGACGUACCUCAAAUAGCUAAAAGUAAUUCAAUGCAAGAUAUGCAUAGAGAAGAAUCGUGGCUUUUAGAUAAUAAUACGAUCGAAUUGAGCUCACCAGAAACAAUUUACGGUGUGGUUAUUUCAAAUUGUACUUCUAGUAUAGCUAAGGUUCAAAGUCGACAUCAAAGUUGUCCUACGAAAAAUAAAAAAACGGUUACGUGUCCGGUUAAAUCGAGUACAACGCCGAAUUUAACGGACGAUAACCACGUUUAUGAAAACGUCGCACUUCAACAAAAACAACAACCGGGAAGACCCAAAGAAAGGUAUAAUCCUUUAACUUCAAAGGAAACUGCGUCGGUUUGUUAUGAAAAUUUAAAUAUGGACUAUAUUAAAAAAUUGGUUAAUGAGGGGUAUUCGCAAGAUGCUGUUAUUAAAGCUCUGUAUAUUACCAGGAAUAAUGUUGAUAUGGCUUGUGAUAUUUUACAUGAAUUUGGAACGAAACAUGGAUAGUAUAUUUAAAUGAUUUCUUAGGAUUUAUAUAAAAGAAAGAAAAUUGGUAGAGUUAUAAAUUAA